AUGCGCAGCCUUGCAGGGUUUGCGCUGCUUCCUUUGGCACUUGCCAUUCCGGAAUCUCCCCGUACAUCAGUAUCUACCUAUGACUACAUCGUAGUCGGAGGUGGUACCAGUGGACUGGUUGUCGCAAAUCGCCUUUCUGAGCUCGAAAAUAUCAAUGUCCUCGUCAUCGAAGCAGGAGGCUCAGCAUACGACAAUGUAAACGUGACCGAUACCGGAGGCUACGGAAAUGCGUUCGACACAGAUAUCGAUUGGGCAUACAAGACGAAAGACCAGGAAUAUGGCAAGGCGCUGGGAGGAACAUCCCUCAUUAACGGCAUGGUGUAUACCCGCGCCCAAAAAUCCCAGAUAGAUGCCUGGGAGACCGUUGGAAACAAAGGUUGGAACUGGGAAACUCUUUUCCCUUACUACAAGAAAGGAGAGGGCUUCCAGGUCCCUACUCAUUACUCCUGGUUGGAAGGCUCUGGCGUUGCCUACGACCCUGCUGAUCAUGGCUACAAGGGGCCUCUCAAGGUAGGCUGGUCUUCGGAUCAAUUGAAUGACGGGCUGGCCCAAAAGUUGAACACAACAUAUCAAAGCAUGGAUGUACCCAUUCCCUACAACAAGGAUGCCAACGGUGGUCAGAUGGUUGGAUAUACUCUUUACCCCAAGACGGUCGAUUCCAAAUUGAACAUUCGCGAAGAUGCCGCUCGUGCCUACUAUUAUCCUUACAAGUCGCGAAGCAAUCUUCAUGUUUGGCUUAAUACCAAUGUCAACAAGCUCACAUGGAAGACUGGCGAUGAUGCCACUGCUGAUGGCGUGGAGGUCACUUUGGCAAAUGGAACCACUUCUACUGUGAAAGCCUCUCGCGAGGUUAUUCUUGCAGCCGGAUCUUUGAAGUCACCGAUCCUACUUGAGCUGUCUGGCGUUGGAAACCCAGAUGUUCUCUCCAAGUAUGGUAUUAAAACGAAAGUCAACCUGCCGACCGUUGGCGAGAACCUUCAGGAUCAGAUGAACAAUGGACUCGCGUUCGACUCAAAGACCAAAUACACCAAGGCGCCAGACUAUGUCGCCUAUCCGUCUGUUGGUCAGAUGUUUUCCAACGCCACAGCUGUCGGCAAACAGCUCCUCGCCAAUCUCCCCAAAUAUGCUGCACAAGUUGCUUCUGCCAAUGGAAAUGUAACCAGGUCAAAGGAUAUUGAGCGCUUCUUCAAGAUCCAGUGGGACCUCAUCUUCAAAGCACACAUUCCCGUUGCAGAGAUUCUGUUAGAGCCGUUUGGAAACACCUAUGACACCGAGUACUGGGCGACUGUUCCUUUCGCACGGGGUAACGUGCAUAUCUCGUCCGCUGAUCCGACCGCCGCUGCGUCUAUCGACCCCAAGUAUUUCAUGCUGGAUUUUGAUCUUCAAGCCCAGACCCAAGCCGCGCGCUUUAUUCGCCAACUAUUCCAGACCGAGCCGUUUGCCAGCAUGGCCGGUUCUGAGACUAGCCCCGGUCUGUCUUCUGUCGCCGCCGACGCGGAUGACCAAGGCUGGUCUUCGUUCAUUAAGAAUAACUAUCGAUCCAACUUCCACCCCAUUAGUACUGCUGCUAUGAUGCCGAAGGAAGUCGGCGGAGUCGUUGACACAUCCCUGAAAGUAUACGGCGUAUCCAAUGUUCGCGUAGUAGAUGCGUCCGUUUUACCUUUCCAGGUUUGCGGACACUUACAGAGUACCGUUUAUGCUGUUGCGGAGCGCGCGGCAGAUAUUAUCAAGGCUGAGAAUUAG